GGUUCGGUGUAGUAAAUUCACCGUUUGACCGUAUCUAUAUCACAGAUGAUUCACUGCGAUUAAAAGUUGUGGUUAUCACUAUCUAAUCGUGAUCGCUACCAAAACGCAAACGCUAGUUACCGGAAGACACGUCUUGAGUUUCGCAGCAUCUCUCUCCUCUCCUCUGUUCAUAUCUCUCUUUAGAAAUUUCUCAAUGAACAUACUCAACAGAUUGGGUUUGGGAUCAAGUGGGCAAACCAAUAUGGAUCCUUCUCCGAUCGCUCAGGGAAAUGACGAUGACACACCGGCGCCGGGGAAUCAGUUUGCCCAAUUCGGAGCUGGAUGUUUCUGGGGUGUCGAGCUGGCGUUUCAGAGAGUCCCAGGGGUGACUCAGACCGAGGCUGGAUACACCCAAGGGACCGUAGACAAUCCUUCAUACGGAGAUGUUUGUUCUGGUACCACAGGCCAUUCGGAGGUUGUUAGGGUUCAAUAUGAUCUUAACGAUUGCACCUAUGAGUCUCUGCUUGAUUUGUUCUGGUCUAGGCAUGAUCCCACCACUUUGAAUCGCCAGGGAAAUGACGUGGGAACCCAAUACAGAUCUGGAAUAUACUUCUACACACCCGAGCAGGAGAAACUAGCCCGUGAGUCACUUGAACGUCACCAGCAACAAAUGGAGAGAAAGAUCAUGACUGAAAUCUUGCCAGCUAAGAAAUUCUACAGAGCUGAAGAGCAUCAUCAACAGUAUCUGUCAAAAGGUGGGCGGUUUGGCCAAGGGCAAUCCACUGCCAAAGGCUGCAACGACCCAAUCCGCUGUUACGGCUAAUAAGCUGCUUUCCUCUGUCCCUCUCCGAAAACAGAGGACUUAGCAUCAAAGGACUUGUGUGUCAAAUAGAUUGUGUAAAACUUGACUAAGUUGUUCACACGCUAUGUAACUACUUCUUUGGAAUUUCAUUCGCAAUGUUGUAAUAUUGAUGUUAUACUCUAUAAACAUAAACCAAAUAAUCAUUGCGAUCCUUACUAGAUCUAAAAAGCCAUCAACAUGGUAAAUGUAGCCAACGA